UACGUUUGUAUGGGGAGCAUCUUUAAGUCGCCAUCACCUGUCAGCCUUCAAUCAACGUCAAGAUGUCGCUUCACUUGCACUUUUGAUUCACAUUUCUAAUUGGUGGAAUGCACCCAAAGUAUGCGGCUUGGAUGAAAUACGAUUGGAUGACGAAUGUAAUUGUGCUCAUUGGUGGAUCGCUCGCUCACGAAUCUACGAAAAGGUGAAAAUAGCGUUCCCUGUGCUGUGCCAAGAGGCGCCUCAAGAUGGCAAUGUCGGACCACAGCAGCAGCACUGGCAGUAGCGGCUCGUCCACCAACAGUUGGACGCUCCUUUCCCCAGAGGAAGUAGCAGCGGACAACGCAGGGGCGCUGGAUGAUGGCACGGAGAGCCUGGGCGACGCCCCCAGCCUGUCAGAAGACAUGGCGACAGUUGUAGCUGGGGAGAUCAAGCCCAGUGACAUUCCAGUGGAGUGUGUCUUAUCAGAAGAAGGCCACCAGGUGUGUCAAGAGACCGACCCAGAGACCGGUGACGGUCCCGUCCUUUGCUGUUCUCUCCAGCCUGACCAGCUCGUGGCGGUCGACCCGGAAACCCAGGCCCCUGUCAUUCAUGACAUCGUGACCAGCUCGCCCAGCGACAACGAGCAUCUGGGCGUGGCCUUCGUCUCCAGCAUCGAUUUCGGGGGACCCCGCGAUGUCGCCGAGCCCGACGAGACCCUCCAGGACGCAGACGUUGCAGAGGAACCGGAUCCGGUCAUCCCAGCUGAGACGCUCAGCGCCUCAGAGCCUCCUUUGGAUCAAGACACCGACGUCAACAAAGAUCUCUCAGAACCACCAGUGGGCCCCGUCCCGGCUGAUGAUGUCAUAGCACCAGAGAGCAUCGGUUCAGUCCAGGCAGAGGAGGAGAGUCCAUUAGAGGUGGAGAUGCAGGAGGAGCAAGAAGAAGAAACCCCCACGAGUCACCACGGCGACGGACUCCGCAGGAGGACGGUCGAAUCCGGGGCGAAAGCGUCAGACGUGGAAGAAGAGGAGGACGAGGAUGAGGAGAUGGAGUUCCAUCUGCCGAAGAGAAAGGAGGAGAAAGCGUGGUGGUCGCUGAACAAAUGCAUCAUGGGCGUCGCCGUGCUGCUCUUCCUGGGCGCCCUCUUCCUCUCCGGCGACUUUGAAUCGCCUGACGUGAGCGACGAGGAACAAAGCCAGAAAGCGUCUGACGAUCAAAACGAGAUCGGAUUCCGCCUCAACGAUGAGCUGUCUGCAGAAUUCGAAAGCGUCUUGGAUAUGUUUGACACGGAUGGCAACAAGGACAUCAACAUGCAGGAGUUGGGCACUGUGAUGAGGAUGUUAGGAGAAAACCCGUUGAGGCGGGAAUUGAGUGAAAUUAUUAAGCAAGCCAAAGACAACGCUGACAAGCUUCAAUGGAAGAAGAGGCAAGAGCCAAAACAAGAUGGCAGCAAGUGGCGGAGGCGAGUGUGGGAGCUUUUGGAGAAGAUCCGGCGGGAGAUCUCCGAGGGGGUUGAGCGUUGGAAGAACAAGGACGUGGAAAAGCCGCGUAAAGACGAGAGGAAGGAGAAGGAGCGGAAGCGCCGUGACGAGUGGGAGACCAAGAAGCCCCAGCGCCGGCUGGACCGGGAGCAGAGGAGGAAGGAGAAGCCCUGGCGCGGUCACCACAAGCAGCACGCCAUGGCCGACUUCUGGCGGGCGCAGGAGCAGAAGCUGCGGCGCCACGCCCGCCACCACCCCUGCGGCUCGCUGGAAGACUGCGCCGCCGAGGAGGGCCUCUUCCCCGUGGAGCUACCCGAGUUCGAGGAACUCCUGGAGGGCUACCUGGGCAAAUUAGAGGGCUCGCCUCAGGAGAGCAAGGACUUCCUCCGCCGGCUGAUCGCCGAUUUCUUCAGCGGCGACGUGUUCGCACACAACCGCUGGUUGUUCGCCGACUUCGCCGAGGACGUGGCGGACAUCUUGGAGGACAUGGCGGAUAUGGAAGGCACAGACGAAGCCCUGGAGGAAGCCAUGGAGGAGUUUGAGCGGGAAGCUCUCUGGAAGUUUGCCGCCAUGGAACAACAUUAAACGGGGAGACUUUGGCGGACAUCUUGUUGCCACCAAAGCUGUAACCAUAUUUCACAAAUGCACCCCCCCCCCUCGCUCCUGUCACUCAAUAAAUUAGGGACACGCCCUGCUGCAAACAGUGAAAAAAUAAUUACAGAUAGUAAUAGUAAACCCCCACAGUUAAAAAAAAAAAAAAAAAAGUGAUGACUCAUUGCAAACUGUCGAGCAGGCUGAAUCUGCAUUGUUGUGUGUUGCUUUGCUAGCCAAAACAGCAGCACCUACCAAAGCAGGUGAAGUUGAUUUGGAGAAGGUAUCCACUAGAAUGUGACUAUUAGCAUUGCUCCACAGUGUUGCUAACCAAAACAGCAGCACCUGCCAAAGCACAAUAGCUGAGUGUGGCGUUUGACGUGUGUGAUGGAGUGGACUAUUUUGUGAAAGUUGUUUGCCACACAGUAUUAGAGGUUGUGUCCACGAUGUUGUCAUAUUUAUGAAUUUUCUAUUUAUUUAGUGGCGUGACACUUUGGAAGUUCAACUCGAUGAUGUGCCUUUUUAUUGUGAAUUUUUAUUUGGUCCUGCUGGAUUCAAAGAAUGUAAUUUUGAGAAAGACAAAUGUGACCUUUUAAGUGCUUCAACCAUAUUUAUCUUUAAGUGACUGGUUUUUUUUUUUGCUAGUUUAGUAAGUGCAUGUCUGACAGAUUUGCUUCAUGCCCUUCUUCGAUUCUGUCGAGUGAUAAGUUCAAUAAACGAUCCCCUUAAAAUCAA